AUGAUGAACUCAUCCAAAACUCUAUGGUCGUCACAGCCUUUCAAGGCGAUUUACACGAUAUAUUUUCUUCUCAAAACGCCAGUCCAUCUGCUGCUACUUUCUGUUGUGUAUACCAUCAAGCCGUUGCGGCCCUUACCGGAAUGGAGCGUGAAAGACAACGUGCAGGCCGCCAUGGCGAGGAUGCUGUUCAUCUUUUGGUCGACCAUACGGUCUCAACGCCCCGUCUACACCGCCCCUGAAGAAGCCGGAGAAAGACACGCCCGGGUCGAACCGCCGCCCGCUGCAUUCUUCACGGGCGCCUUGGCGGCUUCUGACCUCGUCAAGCCCGCAGCAGUUGAUGCGGUGUGGUUUCCAAGCCCGCCCUCGUCCGACUCAUCCGAGCUCGCGAAGCAGAAAGUCGUCUUGCACUUCCCUGGUGGUGCCUUCGUCCUCGCAUUCAGUCACGAGAAAUCAGGGAAGCCCAUCGCCAACUUGCUGAACAGACACUUCAAAGCGGACAGGACCGUCUGGGCCCAGUACCGCCUAUCCGGCACUGCUGAGACUAGCUUCCCCGCCGCAGUGCAGGAUGCUGUCACCUUCUAUCAGUACAUAAUCUCGUUAGGAGUAGAUCCCAAGAACAUCAUCGUGUCGGGAGACUCGGCCGGCGGCAAUGUCGCCAUCGCGCUUGCGCGGUAUCUCCAGAGCAAUCAAACAAAGCUCCCGCUACCCAGGGCCGUUGCUCUCUUUUCUCCCUGGGUCCACGUAACGGCAACUGCCGGAAAGGAUUACGACCAGGAAGCUCUCUCGCGAGUUGACGUCCUGCACAGCUCAGUCUUGCAGUGGGGAGCCGACGUCUACCGGCCUAAAGGGCAACUUUCGCCGGAGACAGAGUCCUACAUUUCCCCGCUACACCACCCAUUCGAGUUGUCGGUUCCUCUUUACAUCCAAGCUGGCACAGCUGAGGGAAUGUACGAACAUAUCCGGAGCUUCUCAGAGGAAAUGACUACGAUCAAAGGGAAUCGGGUGCUGUUCCGCUCGACGCCCCUGGCGCCACACAAUCUCCCCUUUUGUCACGAUCAGUUUGGCAAGAAGAAGGAUAUGGAAGAGUCGUUGGACGAAGCUUUUGAAUUCUUCAACCCAGAGAACGAAGGGUGA